UAUGUCAUCAAAAAGUUAAACCUUAAAAAUGCUUCCAACCGUGAGAGGAAGGCGGCAGAACAAGAGGCGCAGCUGUUGUCCCAGCUGAAACACCCCAACAUCGUCACCUACAGAGAGUCCUGGCAGGGGGAGGAUGGCCUCCUCUAUAUUGUCAUGGGCUUCUGCGAGGGAGGAGACCUCUAUCACAAACUCAAGGAGCAGAAGGGCAAGCUGCUGCCUGAGAACCAGGUGGUGGAGUGGUUUGUUCAGAUCGCCAUGGCGCUGCAGUAUUUACAUGAAAGGCACAUUCUGCACAGAGAUCUUAAAACUCAAAACGUUUUUCUGACACGGACAAAUAUAAUCAAAGUGGGUGACCUGGGAAUAGCCAAAGUGCUGGACAACCAGUACGACAUGGCCAGCACGCUCAUAGGCACGCCGUACUACAUGAGCCCGGAGCUCUUUUCUAACAAACCCUACAACUACAAGUCUGAUGUUUGGGCACUAGGCUGCUGCGUUUAUGAAAUGGCUACACUGAAACAUGCCUUUAAUGCUAAAGACAUGAACUCUUUGGUUUAUCGAAUUAUUGAAGGAAAGUUGCCACCCAUGCCAAAGGAUUACAGCCCACAGUUGGUAGAAAUAAUACGAACUAUGCUCAGUAAAAAACCUGAGGAAAGACCUACCGUGAAAAGCAUCCUACGACAGCCAUAUAUCAAGCACCAAAUUUCUUUGUUUUUGGAAGCCACCAAGGCGAAAGCAGCCAGGAAUUAUCAGAAAACAGUAAAUUCUAAACCUAAAGAUCCUUGUUCGGUGGUCUCAGCAAAGAACGAGUCUCAUAGCAUGAAUGUUACACACCAGAACCACUCCUCUGAGCAAGCCAGGAAAUACAAAGUUAAUGAGGAAGAUCGCGUCAUCAAAUAUAAAGGCACCAAAUUUUGUCCCUUAGAGAAACCAGCUGUUGAGUUGGAAACAAAACCAAGCAAUAAUGAUUUGAACAACCUGGGAAAUUCCUUAGCUACCAUUAGCGAAGUGAAUAUUGAUAUCUCUCCGUCUGAAAGGAUGAUGUACGGAAGUGAGAAGUGUGGCAGUGAGCACAAUCCAGAGAAAAGUAAAGCAAAAGAUUUAAAUGUUCCAAGGAAUUCUAAAAUAACAUCCUGUAUCCCACCAAUUAAGGAAGAUGGACGGCAGCAAAGAGCAAAGCAGGCUGUUAAAGCUGAGAGUGUUGAGUCUAAGCAGUCUUCUGUUGAUGCUGUAGAAGAACAUGGUGACACUGUGAAACUCCUGCAGCCUGUAUCAGGAGACCAAAAGCAAACUGACCUGAGCUUGGAUUCUACUGAGAAGCUGCUAGCACCCUUCGUUCCUGUUGUAAUUCAAGAUGACAUCUGUCAUGGAGCUGUGGGAGAUGCUCAAGGAAGAACUACCUCCCACUUGCAGCCUCAUAGUUCUGUCAGUGAACCCUCUCUUUCACGGCAGCGGCGGCAGAAGAAAAGAGAGCUAGCUGAAGUCUGUUCAGAGAAGUUCAGAACAGUUGCUCCUCGGCCUUUACCUCUUCUGUCUGCUGUGAACACAAAGACAGGACGGAGGCGUGCAGAGCAGCAUGGUGCUGAAGCCUCUGAAUCUGUAAAUAGCACCCAAACCAGUCAAGUUGCCGUUUCAAAGGAACGUCCCUUGUCAGCAAGAGAGCGAAGGAGGCUAAAACAAUCUCAGGAGGAGAUGUUUCCCUCUGUGAUUCCAGCAAGACGAGCAUCAAAUAGUGCAGUAGUUGAAGCAAAAUCACAUAUGGAAAAUCAGGUUCAAGUUGCUCAGUCCUCGUCAGAUGCCAGUAUUUCGCAG